AUUGGGCCUCCACUGCACAGGAUUUAUUUUUCAUUGUGUAACUUUAACAACAACAGAUGAUUCAUACUUCAGAUUCUCUGGAUGUGCAGAGGACCUCUCUGGUUCCCUCACAGGGAGGAAAGAACUCCCAGAGGACACAUGACAUCUGUUGUGCUUUUCCUUCCAUAGUGACCAGCAUCACCAGGCAGAGUGCACCUGGUUUGUUGUUAGGUGAACCACACAGUGCUGCCUUAUGCACGUCUUGGUUGUUGUUAUUAUUAUUUUAUGUCCAAGAAAGUGUGACACUCAUGCAGGAGGGAAGAAGCUCAACAGCAGCACUCAGCCUCAUUCAGAAGCAUGUGUUAGUCUCUUGCUAAACUUUGGAGAAUGGAUAAAACAGGUGAUGUUAACGUUAGAGGGAACAAAUGGCAGAGACUCGCCCGGUGGCAUCAUGGGCAGACAGUGAACGAGGAAGGAGAAGAAGCAGCCAAAGAUGAAGGGAAACGUAACAUCGUCCUGGAUCUGAAGUUGAAAGUUAAUUGGGGAGAGUGGGUGGUUGAUCCGGCAGAACGGUUUUAUUACGUCUGGCUACAGGUCAUGAUCUUCCCCAUUGUCUACAACUGGGUGAUCAUUAUUUUGAGAACAUGCUUCACAGGAAUUGCACUGAGCUACCUGCCUGUGUGGCUGACACUGGACUAUCUGUCAGACCUCAUGUAUAUGCUUGACAUGGUCAUCACUGUUCACACAGGUUACUUGGAUCAGGGUAUCCUGAUAAAAGAUCUAAAUCAACUGAAGAAGCAGUACCUGCACUCUAAACGUUUUUUGCGGGACUUGACUUCCCUGCUUCCCACUGACCUUCUCUACUUUGUGUUUGGCAUCCAAACACCGAUGGUGAGGAUCAACCGCCUUCUGCGCAUGCCACGACUCAACGAGGCCUUGGAUCGCAUGGAGACAAGAACCUCCUACCCCAACACCUUUCGCAUCACCAAGCUCAUGAUCUACAUCUUCGUGUUGAUCCACUGGAAUGCCUGUCUCUACUUUGCGCUUUCCAACUACAUUGGUUUCGGAAGUGAUCUGUGGGUCUACCCAAACAUCUCUAAAGCAGAGUUUGCCUCCAUGCGCCGUCAAUACUUUUACUGCUUUUGGUUCUCUGCCCAGAUUUUCACCACAGUAGGAGACACCCCCCUGCCAAAAAGGGAAGAGGAGUACUUGUUUAUGAUUGCAGACCUGCUCAUUGCUGUGCUAGUAUUUGCAUCCAUUGUUGGCAAUGUUGGUAAUGUCAUCUCAAGCCUACGAGACCGUGAUAAUGUAUUUUUCCCCAACCAUGAGCUGGUGAAGGCAUAUCUACGUAGCCAUCACAUUAGCAAGGAGCUUCGUCAGCGGAUCGACAACUGGUACCAGCAUCUGCACAUAAACAAGAAGAUCAUGCGAGAGAAUGAAAUCCUGCAGCAGCUGCCCGUGCACCUGAGGACAGAGAUCGCGGUCAGCGUUCACCUGCCCACGCUUUCCAAAGUCACCAUCUUCCAGAGCUGUGAGAAAAGUCUGCUGGAGGAGCUGGUGCUUAAGCUAACACCUCAGGUGUUCAGUCCAGGAGAAUAUGUCUGCAGAAAGGGAGAUGUGGGCCACGAGAUGUACAUCAUAAAAGAGGGGAAACUUGCAGUAGUAGCAGAUGAUGGGGUCACAGAGUUUGCUGUGUUGACUGAAGGGAAUUUCUUCGGAGAAAUUAGUAUCCUCAACAUCAAAGGUAACAAGUCAGGCAACCGUCGCACUGCCAACAUCCGAAGCAUCGGCUACUCUGACCUGUUUAGCUUGUCCAAGGAAGAUCUAACUGAUGUGUUAUCUGAGUUCCCUGCAGCCAAACAUCACUUGGAGGAGAAAGGAAGACAGAUCCUCACCAAGAUGGGCAUGUUGGAGCAGAGUGGGGAGGGAGAGCCGCGGGAGGAAGAGAAAGUGGAAACCAAGAUUAAAAGGCUGGAGAGCAACUUGGAGGUGCUGCAAACCAAACUAGCUCGACUGAUGGUGGAACUAGAGUCAAGCAGCCGCAAGAUGAAGGCCAGGGUCGAGCAGCUGGAGAGGGAGGUGGCAGCACUGGAGACUCAGCUGCCAGAAGACGGGGAAGAGGCAGCAAUAGCAGAGGGAAGAGGUGAAGGGGUGGGAGGGGAGUUUCAGUGGGAGCGAGAAGAGGCAGAAGGUGAAGAAGAGGAGGGUUCAGAUCCAAAGGUGAAAAAACAGGGACAGGGGGAAGAUGGUAAUGAUGUGACGAAGGAGGGAGACGGAGAGAGCACGAAAAGCACAAAAGAAGAUGUAAAGAGGCCGGUUGAGGGAGAUAAAUCUGGGCAGAAGGGCCCAGAUGACAAGGAAAAGAAAAAACAUGAUGAUGGAGACAUAACCAUAGAAAAAGGAGAUGAUAGGCCCGGGAAGGGAGACGGAGCUGAGAUCAUACCUGAAGAAAAGAAAGAGGAUAAAAGCAGAGAAAGAGAAUCUGAAGUGGAGAGAGAAAAGGCUGAAGAAGAUAAAAGAGGAAAGGGGCAGAAAGAUGAAGACAAGAAAAAAUAAAUCUAAAAUCAAAGGAUCUCAGGAUUGGUUGACACGACACGGUGUGUUUUUUAAAGAUUGGUUUGAGACAACAGGUACGCAGGGAAGGAAAAGGACGACUGAUGACACCAGGAUGAAGGAGACGAGGGAUCGAACUUUUUUUUUUUUACCCGUGGUGAAUCAUUUGUUACCAGUGAAAUUCACUUUUGUUGCUGGUGAUAUAGAAAAAGAACCUCACACACUUGUGUGACAAAUUAUUUGCAUUUUACAAUAUCGGACUGACAGACAGUCACGGUUGUGGUGGGUGCUGAUGUUGCUCAUAGCAACAACAUUCAUAAAAUCUUUUCCUGUUUGGCAAUUUGUUUUUAAAGUAAAUUGUUUUAAGUUAUUAAACAAGGGGAAUUGGUGGAAAGGUUUCUUCUUUGUAAAUUGUAAAAAAUAAAAAAAAUAAAAAAAUCUAUUUUAUUCACAUGACAAGAUCCACAAAUCCUGACAUGAUA